AUGGCCGACUUGAAGGGGGAGCGUGCGCGGAUCGACUCAGUGGCCGCACGUGGUUCCGCCUCUGCCGCGCAGCAGGUGGUGAGCGGCUCAGCCAGUGCUGCGCGCAGGCGUGCUUUGCCUCGUCGCGCGGACGGCCUUCCAACGGCCGACUCGGCCGAGUCGGACUCCCCCGCAGCUGCGGCGCUGGAUGCCAUGCAGAUCGCCCGCGAGCCCCUGGCCACCCCCUGCCACCUUGCCAGCCCUCCCCUCCCACACGCCCUCGUCGUGUUUCCCUUCCCUUCCGCCUCCUCCCUUCAGCCUGCUAGCCGCGGCUGGGCAAGCAGGGGCGUAGCGCAGCCGGGGGUGGUCGAGGCGCUUCCAGGAUUCCAGAAGCGGCGGUGGGAAAGCGAGGGAACGGCGGGAGUGGCGCCAGUGGCGCCAGCGCUGCGCGCGGAGUCAUCGGAACCAUCGGAUCCGCUCCCCUGCUCUGCCCUCGACAGCGAAUACCCGCGCCACGCCACCUGCUCCGCCGUUCCACAGCAGGCCGUCGGACCCCCCAUUCCCCUGCCUCAGUUCCCCCCGCCACUUGCAGCUUUUCCCCACUGCUUGGCGCAGAUAGCGCGCGCACAUCGCAGUGCGCAUCCCAGAUUAGCGGGGAUGGGCGCAGCAGAAAGGGGUGGCGCGGGAACAAUCGCGGGGGUGCUGCAGCAGCUGGCGGAGCGGAGGGCUGCGCAGGUGGGGCAGGCGGAGGAAUGCAGCACGGAGCGGCGGGCAUGGCCUAGGCGGGCGUGUGGGGCGGUGACAGCUGUGCAGGGCGGAGAGGGGGACGGCAGCGGGCGUGCAGAGGGGUGGGUGGAGGCGCUAGAUGCGGUGGUGCUGGCGCGCAGUGAGCGCACCAACGGCAGUGACGUGCUGGACGAGCCAAUCAGCACGCCACGAGACACAGGCGCAGCUGCUGCUACAGGCGCGGGUGGGGUGUGCAGAGCAUGGGAAGGAGAGCAUGCCUCAGAGGCUCUCGCGGACGCGUGGCUGGGAUGCUCCCCCGAGCCCCCUGGCACUGGCAUGCCGGUCGGUGCUCUUAUCACAAGCAUGUGGGGUGGGGGAGGCAAGCCAUGGCUCAUGGACACGUAG